ACUCCCCGGACACCCCCAGAUUCCCCCUCACCCCUCGGGGUCGCCCCCGCCGAGCGCCGCCCGCCGCCUCCCGCCAUGGCCAUUCGAACAGACGGCAGUGACGUCAUCUCCCCGCGCCGCGCGGGAACGCGGUGGGCGGGCUCCGGCCGCCAUCUUGGGUGUGGCGGCUUUGUCGGAGACAGGCCACACUUCCGGGAAAAUCUGCAUGAAGUGACGCAAUCAAGGAGCGACGUACCCGGAAGCGCCAGCGGGGCAGCGCGUCGCCAUAGGAACGUCCUCGCCAUGGGCCUGUGCAAGUGCCCCAAGCGCCGGGUGACCACGCUCUUCUGCUUCGAGCACCGCGUCAACGUCUGCGAGAGCUGCCUGGUCAGCGCCCAUCCCAAGUGCAUCGUGAGGUCGUAUCUGCAGUGGCUGCAGGACAGCGAUUACAGCCCCCAGUGCCCCCUGUGCGAAGCCCCCCUGGGCGAGCGCGAGACUGUGCGGCUCGUCUGCUACGACGUGUUCCACUGGCCGUGCCUGGCAGGGUGGGCACGGGCGCUGCCCCCCCGCACAGCCCCCGCCGGGCACCGCUGUCCCCAGUGCGGGGGGCCGCUGUUCCCCCCCCCGAACCUGGAGGGCCCCGUGGCCGAGGCGCUGCGGGCGCGGCUCCGGACGGCGCCCUGGGCGCGGCCCGGGCUGGGGCUGCCGCUGAUCGAGGACUCCGAGGAGCUGCCGGAGCCUGAGACUGCCCAGGAGCCAGACAGGGGCUGGGAUGCCCCCAUCACCCCUCCGGAGCCCGCCCAGAGCCCCCCCCCACCUCACGCCGUCGUCCACAUGGGGGGGGAGACCCCAACCCUGCACCCAGGCUCUGCCCCCCGCAAGCCCCUGGGGGGGCGCGAGUCCCGGAGCCCCCCCGACCGUGACGAGGACAAAUACCGGCGCCGGCCCCUGGCAUGGGUGCCCCCCAAGUUCAGGUGCCGCAUGCGUGGGGCCCAACGGCGCCCCCUGCUGGUGCUGUGCCUGGGCGGGGCUGCGGCCUUCGCGCUGCUGCUGCUCCUAUUGGCCAGCCUGGGCAGGGGUGGGGCCGACUCUGACCCCGCCCUUGAGCCGCUCAACAACCCCCACGUGCGGGUGGGGCACUGACCACGCCCCCAGGGGCGGGGCCUGGUGUGGAGGGGCGGGGCUCUGGCAGGGUGUGGCCAAUAAAUGGUGCCCCCUUGUGGAGAGGAA